AUGGGGCAGCAGUUCACCAACACUGAAGGGGAGCAAGGGGAGAUUGAUGUGGCAGAGCUGCAGGAAUGGUACAAGAAGUUUGUGGUGGAAUGUCCCAGUGGGACCCUCUUCAUGCACGAGUUCAAGAGGUUCUUCGGGGUCCAGGACAACCAGGAGGCAGCAGAGUAUGUGGAGAACAUGUUCAGGGCUUUUGACAAGAAUGGGGACAACACCAUUGAUUUCCUGGAGUACGUGGCUGCCUUGAACCUGGUUUUGAGGGGGAAGCUGGAGCACAAGCUGAGGUGGACGUUCAAAGUGUACGACAAGGAUGGCAACGGCUGCAUAGACAAACCUGAGCUGCUGGAAAUCGUUGAGUCCAUCUACAGGCUGAAGAAGGUGUGCUGGUCGGACGUGGAGGACAGGACCCCGCUGCUGACCCCGGAGGAGGUGGUGGACAGGAUAUUCCAGCUGGUGGAUGAGAACGGGGAUGGGCAGCUGUCCCUGGACGAGUUCAUUGACGGCGCCAGGAAGGACAAGUGGGUGAUGAAGAUGCUGCAAAUGGACGUGAACCCCGGCGGCUGGAUCACCGAGCAGAGGAGGAAGAGCGCUUUGUUCUGA